GGUGUAGUCAGCAGUGUACUUGCAAUCUUCCUUCUUGUUCAUCCCAGGGUUGGCCGACUACACGCGUGAAAAGACUUUUUUCCCAACAUGGAAACAUUCUGCUGUAGGUCUAUUCUGCUUGCAUUCGAGAGACACUCGUUUUGGGAUUAGAAUUUGUUAGAGCGAGAGAGAUGGCUUCGCGAUCCAGCAACUGGAAUCGUCAGCAGCAGAGGUAGAGUGUCUCUUGCACUCGCCCAACGGUCGAUUUUGCUGUCUGUUGCACGAUGAGUGUAGCUCUGCAAGAUUUGCGGAACAACAUGUCCAGCUACAAGCGUGCAACAUUUGAGGAGGAGGCGACAGACAACCCAGCUGAUGGGAGCAUGUCUCCGGACAGUGUGGAGGUUGGCUUUCGGAAGGGCGGCAUCCAGCUCCUCGGCCCCAUGGGCAGGAGGACUCAAAUGGAGGUAGUGCUGGCUGGUGUGCUGCUCUGCUCUCUCCUCGCCCUGUUCGGAUGUGCUGUCACGCUGGGCAUGCGCUACAACACAGACCCAGCGCGAAGCCUGUGUCUGACUGAGGCCUGUAUUACGGUGGCCAGUAAGAUCGUAGAGGCCCUGGACCGCAGCGCCGACCCCUGCCAUGACUUCUACCAGUACGCCUGCGGGGGCUGGGUACGCAAGAACCCCCUCCCUGAUGGACGCUCUCGCUGGAGCACCUUCAACAGCAUCUGGGACCAGAACCAGGCUCUCCUCAAACACCUGCUGGAGAAUGGCACAUUCAACUCCAGCAGCGACGCCGAGAAGAAGACCCAGUUCUACUACCUGUCCUGCCUCAACGAGCAGCACAUCGAGGAGCUGGGAGCCAUGCCUCUCAUUGACCUCAUUGCAAAGACAGGGGGCUGGAACAUAACGGGGCCCUGGGAGAAGGACAACUUUAUGGAGGUGCUGAAGACAGUGUCGGGCCCCUACCGUGCCCAGCCCUUCUUCACCAUCGGAGUCAGCGUGGACCCCAAGAACUCCAACAGUAACGUCAUCCAGGUGGACCAAUCAGGACUGUUCCUCCCCUCGCGGGACUAUUACCUCAACAAGACAGCCAAUGAAAAGGUGUUGAAGGCGUAUCUGGACUACAUGGUGGAGCUGAGCCUGCUGUUGGGGGGGGAUAAGAACUCCACACAAAACCAGAUGCAGCAGAUCCUGUACUUUGAAACAGCGCUCGCCAACAUCACAGUACCGCAGGACGAACGUCGAGAUGAGGAGAAGAUCUACCACAAGAUCACCAUCGCCGAGCUGCAGCUGCUGGCUCCAGCGGUGGACUGGCUGGACUACCUGUCCUCUGCCUUGUCCCCUCUGGACCUGAACGAUACAGAGCCAGUGGUGCUAUAUGCCAAGGAGUACUUGCAACAGGUGUCUGACCUGAUCAACAAGACCGAGCGCAGCCUGCUCAACAACUACAUGAUCUGGAACCUGGUGCAGAAGGGUGCGUCCAGUCUGGACCAGCGCUUUGAGAACGCCCAGGACAAGCUGCUUGAGAGCCUGUAUGGAACCAAGAAGUCCUGCACACCUCGAUGGCAGACCUGCAUUGGGAACACAGAUGACACGCUCGGCUUUGCCCUGGGUGCACUCUUUGUCAAAGCAACGUUUGAUAAACACAGCAAAGAGAUUGUGAGUAUGAUUGACGCACAACUGCAUUUACCCUAGUGGUUACCAUGUGUUAAAAAUAUAUUUUAAAUGUUUAUGAAUACCUACAAUGUAUUCGGGAAGUAUUCAAACCCCUUGAAUUUUUCCCCCAUU